AUGUCGAAAUACCCCGGACAGAACUACGGCGGAGCGUCUCCGUACCCUCCUCCGCAGGGAUACCCUCCUCAGGGCCCGCCUGGAUACCCGCCGGGCAACAACUACCCCCCGCCCCAGCAGGGCUACCCCCCGCCGCAAUACCCCCCCCCGGGCGGCGGCCAGGGCUACCCUCCUCCACCAGCACCACCACCCCAUGCCUACGCGGGGCCGCCCGGCGAGUUCGUUCAGGGGUACGCAGCCGACGGCGCGCAGGGCGGCGGCAACCAGCCCGCGCCCGGGUACGUCGUGGCGGGUACGCCGGCGUCCUACGACACCCGGGCGCCCAUGUUCUUUCCAGGGGAGAAGACGGAGCCGUUCUAUCUGGGGGUGUCUCGGGGGAGGUUUGAGCCCGUGGCGAUGCACUGCGGGCGGUGCGGGUUCCAGGGGAUGUCGGAGAUGCGCGCGCAGGCGGGGUGCACGUUCUGGCUCAUCGCUCUGAUCACGUUCGGGCUCGGGGCGCUGUGUGGGUGCGGGAAGGACACGGCGCACUUGUGCCCCCAGUGCAAGCGCUGCGUGGCCAUCGCGGCGGAGAUGUAG